GGUUAGAUUUAUAUUUUGAAGAGUUAAGUCGGGUUUUCUUGAUCUUGCUAUUCCUGGAUUCCAGGGAGUUGGGAAGACACAAUCUAGGGUGGUACUUGAGAGCUCAUCGUGCAUCCGGAGCCUAUGGGCCCGAGGCUCUCCGGCCCCCGGCCGGCACUAGCAGGGCUCAGGCCCCGCAGGACCUUGCUUGGGCCUCUGUGACGCGGCGUUCCAGGCCGUCAGCCCCGCGCAUCACUGGGGCCUUCCUUGUAAAGCCGCCCAGGGUCUGCGUCGCGCACUGUCCGCCCUCCCGGCGCAGCCCGCAGCCAGGGUAGUGGGAGCGGCCGAGCGGCAGGGGGAGGCGGCAUGAGCUACCACCAGGUACCGGUGGUAAUCGACAAUGGCUCGGGAGUGAUCAAGGCGGGCCUGGCUGGGUCCCGGGAGCCCCAUUUUGCCUACCCGAACAUUAUCGGCCGUGCCAAAGGCCAGAGCUGGGCGGCCGAGAGCGCGCGGGAACUGUGCGUGGGCGACCAAGCUCAGGACCGGAGGAACUCGCUGUCUGUCAGCUACCCAGUAGAGCGUGGUCUCAUUUCUUCCUGGGGGGACAUGGAAGUCAUGUGGAAGCAUAUCUAUGACUACAACCUGAAGCUAAAGCCCUCUGAUGGGCCGGUUUUGAUUACGGAGCCAGCACUGAACUCACUGGUCAACCGGCAACAGAUCACUGAAGUGUUUUUUGAGCAUCUAGGGGUUCCUGCCUUCUAUAUGUCCAUUCAGGGGGUUCUAGCUCUCUUUGCUAGUGGCUUUACAACUGGCUUUGUGCUGAAUUCAGGUGCUGGGGUUACCCAGUGUGUGCCCAUCUUCGAGGGUUACUGUCUGCCUCAUGGUGUCCAGCAGCUAGAUCUGGCAGGCCUUGACCUCACCAACUACCUCAUGAUGCUGAUGAAGGACCAUGGCAUCAUGCUGCUUAGCACUGCAGACAGAAAGAUUGUCACAGACAUUAAGGAAACUUCUUGUUAUGUGGCAAUAAACUAUGAAGAGGAAAUGGCCAAGAAACCCAACUGUAUAGAGAAAGUUUACCAACUACCUGAUGGGAAGAUGAUCAAGCUCCAUGAACAGCUCUUUCAGUGUCCAGAAGCACUCUUCUCUCCGUAUCUCAUGAACCUGGAGACCCCUGGCAUUGAUAAGAUGUGCUUCAGCAGCAUAAUGAAAUGUGAUACAGAUCUGAGGAAUUUAUUUUUCUCCAAUAUUAUACUUGCUGGGGGAUCAACUUCUUUCCCUGGUUUAGAGAAGCGGCUAGUUAAAGAUAUAGCAAAGGUGGUGCCUGCCAAUACCCCUGUGCAGGUUACAGCUCCCCCAGAAAGGGAACUAUCUGCGUGGAUGGGAGGCUCUAUGCUUGCAUCACUGUCUGCCUUCCAGGAUAUGUGGAUAACUGCUGCAGAAUUUAAAGAGGUUGGACCCAACAUAGUACACCAAAGAUGCUUCUGAAUGUGGAUAAUCUGAUUAGGAGAAAAAUGUUUUGAGUAUAUGUGACAGAAAACUUUGGGUAUUAUGUGUUUCUGGAAGAACAGAGAAUUUUCAAUUAUUGUAACGUCCAUGUCUCUGUUGGACUUCUAUAAUGGGGGAAAAUAAUGGUUAGGCAGUCAACACUUAUUGAGUAGAACUAAAUUAAAUGCUAGAGGAAA